AUGGCGGGAAAACGUGCUCGAUCAGCCACGAAUCUGACCGUUGGUUCCAUCUCCGUGAGCUCUGCGGCCGUUGAUCUCGCCAUCUCUAAUCUCAACCUCAACCUCAAUCCUAAGCUUAAUCCUCUGAAAAUUGUGGUGAUUGGAGCAGGGAAAAUGGCAAAGCUAUUGAUAAAUCAUCUGAGUUCGAAGGGUUUCAAGAGAGUGGUGGUCGUGAAUAGAACCGAAGAUAGGGUUUCGGAUUUGAAGAAGAGUUUGAAGAGUGAGAUAGAAAUACUUUACAGGCCAUUUUCUGAGAUUUAUUCAGUUGUUGAUGAAGCGGAUGUGAUUUUCACCUGUACUUCCUCUGAGAAGCCAAUGUUCUUGAGAGAGAAUUUGGAAGGAUUUGCAGAGAAGAGAGAAAAAGAGGGGGACUGUGCGGAGAAGAAAGAGAAGCUGAUGUUUGUCGAUAUUUCAGUGCCGAGAAAUGUCGGCCAAUGUGUUGCAGGUGUAGAGGGAGUAAGAGUUUUUGACGUCGAUGAUGUGAGAGAAAUGGUGGAAACUAAUGUGGAAGCUAGAGAGAGAAAGGCCAUAGAAGCCAUGGAAAUCAUCGAAGAGGAGGCCAUGAAAUUCGGGGCAUGGAGAAAUUCUCUUUUUUUUGUUCCUACAAUCAAAAAGCUCAUGGAAUUCGCUGAAAGCAUUAGGGUUUCAGAGCUAGAGAGAUGUUAUGGGAAGAUGAGGAGUGGGGUUUCACACAGAGAGAGAAAGGCAAUGGAGGAGCUUAGUAAAGGGGUGGUUAAGAAGCUAUUGCAUGAGCCAUUGAAGCAUUUAAGGUGUAAUAAUGGCGAUGAAAACAGUUUGAAGAUGGCACUGAGAAAUGUGGGGGUUUUGGAACAAAUGUUUGGGUUCAAAAGAGAGGAUUUUUUUGAAGGAGGAGGAGGAGAAGAAGCGACAGAAAGCUGUUGA